CUGCUCUCUUUUCCAGACCUCCAGGUGAAGGUGAUAAGAUCAUCGACCCAGGCAGAGCUGAGGUGUCCCAGCAGCUGUAAUGUUAAUAAUCCUUCAUAUGUCUGGUUCCAUAAUGGACAGAAAAUGGACGGAGAAACGUCUUCUUCUCUCAGCGUCUCUGUGGAAGAUGACGGCAGCUAUUCCUGUUCUAUUACAGGAUAUGAAGAUCACCGCUCUCCUCCAGUGUAUGCUCCAAAGGUCGUAACCCUGUCUCUGACUCCUGCUGGGGAAGUUAGAGAGAACGGUAGAGUGACUCUGACCUGUAGCAGUGAUGCUAACCCAGCAGCAGCUACUUAUACCUGGUUCAAGAAUGGUUCACCUCUAAAUGAAAAUGCACAGCUAGUCUUCAGCUCCAUCCGGUCCUCUGACUCUGGACAGUAUAACUGUGCAGCUGAGAACCAGCUGGGGAAAAGGUCAUCUGAAUCCAUCUCUAUUGAUGUGAAAUAUGCUCCGAAGUGUCCCUCUGUGUCUGCUGAGAUAUUUGAGGGACGUUUAGUGACUCUGACCUGUAGCAGUGAUGCUAACCCAGCAGCUAACUACACCUGGUACAAGGAGAAUGAAGACACACCAAAAGCAUCAGGACAGAUCUUCACCAUCACUGAUUUCCGACCUGAUCACAGUGGGAAUUAUUUCUGUGAAGCCCAGAACAGAAUAGGACGCCAGAACUCCACCUUACAUGUGAUUGUUGUAGCAGGGAAUUCAACAACAAUAAUGAAAAUCAUCUGGCCGACUGUGGUGGCCCUGUUGCUGAUUCCCCUGCUGCUCCUGAGUCUGUGGGCGAGUUUGACUCAAUUCAGAAGAAAGAAGAAGAAAACUCUGAGACCCACCACCGAACCACAUGAGCUUGUAGAGAUAGAGUCAGACUCUUGUCCUGAUUAUGAGAACAUCUCAGACCCUGCAACAAAGCCAAAAGACCCUGAGGAGCAGGAAGACCUGGUGUGAAGUCCAGUCAGGUUAGAGCCUCCUGCAUCCAAUAAAACAGGCCCACUUCAGAUUUACAGUCCCAGUUCCAUCUGUAACUUUACACCAGUUUCAUGUGAUCUGCUGCAGAUGCAGUUGGA